UAUGCCAGCCGUCAUUCGGCGACGAACACCCGACAUAGAAGCACGCCAGUCAGCAUGUGGCACAACCGGAGAAAGUAGGAAAAACAAACGGAGUAGAGGAAAACCCCAGUAACGGCGGCCAGUGAAAAAUGCCAAAAAACCUGGUGGAAAAGUUCCUAACCAUUCUGUUGAGACGCAAGGAGUGCUAGGAUCAAGUGUUUGUCCAUCAAGAUGAUGUCUGAAUACUGGAUUAUCUCGGCCCCUGGCGACAAGACCUGCCAGCAGACGUACGACACCAUGAACAACCUGACCAGCAAGCAACACAACCUGUGCAAUAACUACAAGUUCCAUAUCCCAGAUCUUAAGGUGGGCACCCUCGACCAACUGGUGGGCCUCUCCGACGAUCUGGGCAAACUGGACACCUAUGUGGAGCAGAUCACCCGCAAGGUAGCCAACUACCUGGGCGAGGUGCUCGAGGAUCAGAGGGACAAGCUGCACGAGAACCUGAUGGCCAACAACAGUCCUGGGCCACCCGACGACAGCAUGCCGUGUCGCCACCACCAGCGCAUCAAGCAUCUCAGCCUGCGACACCAGCGAAAACACCAGCACACGCACCACCAAAACAAACCCCAACACUACCAUCACCACCAUCACCACCAGCUGCCGCAGGAUCUCAAGGGUAAAUCCGCAGCCACUUGUUCUCCCGCCACUCCUCCUGCGCCUGCGUCUGCACCACCCAAUCUUCCGCCUGCCUGUGCCUGCGACGUCCUUGCGCCAGGAUCCCUAACCGGCGGCAGCCUCACUAACCUGUCCACGAGUCACGACCCGGAGCCGGAGUUCGACGCCUGUCCGUGCGAUGAGUGCUUCGCCUGUGCCCCGCCCAGCACCAGUGCCACGGCCAGCACGCUGCUGGCGGAUGAGUGCUACUCCCAGACGGCCUCCUCCAUGCUCAGUGCCACCCGGUGUGCACUGUCCACGGUGGCGGCUAUAGCCACUGGGAGCGGUUUUGGCAGUGGGCCGAGCACCAGUGCCGCGGCCGCUGCAGCUGCAUCCAGCUCCUCCGGUGCCGGCGGCGGUGGUGGAGCGGGGCCCGCCUCCUGCUCGACGCUCUGCUCCUCGGCCUAUUUCUCCACGUCGGCGCCCACGACCAGCAGCUCGGUGCACAGCAGCAUGUCCCGCUCUAACAGCAAGCGGCUGAAUAACAACACUUGCAGCAUCAACAAUAACAAGCUCAGCUUCCGCAGCGGCAGCCAUGUGAGCCAGCUGCACUUGGCCACGCAGCAUCCGCAGCAGCCGCCGCAUCAUCAUUCGCAUCCGCCACCGCAACCGCAACCGCAUUCCAAUCCGCUGCAGUCGGCCGCACAAAAGUCCAUGUCGGAGGACGAGGGCGAUGCGUCAAAUGCCCCCGAAGAUGGGGAAACGGACGAGGACCCCAAGAGUCCGCACAGUGUGCAGUCCGAUCUGUCGGACGCCUUCGACUGGUGGUUCAAUAAGCCCAAGCGUAAUUCUAAGAAGAGCAGCAAACGUUCUACACCGAGUCAAUUAAAUAUAAACAAUGGAUUUAAUUUAACACCAACACAUAGAUCGUCUCCAGUGAGUAGUUGUUGUGGCAGUAGUAGCCAGGGGCGAUCCAGUCCGGACACGGAUCCCGCCGAGCCGCCCGAGUUUCCGCUGAGUCCAGCCGAACUACCCCAGUACUUGACCCGCUUCCAAUGGGACAUGGCCAAGUACCCGAUCAAGCAGUCGCUGCGCAACAUCGCCGACAUUAUCUCCAAGCAGAUCGGUCAGAUCGAUGGCGACUUGAAGACCAAGUCGCAGGCCUACAACAACCUCAAGGGAAAUCUGCAGAACCUGGAAAAGAAGAAGACUGGCAGUCUGCUGACCAGGAAUCUGGCUGACUUGGUCAAGAAGGAGCACUUCAUCCUGGAUUCGGAGUAUCUGACCACCCUGCUGGUCAUUGUACCCAAGGUCAUGGCUAAUGACUGGCUGACCAACUACGAGAAGAUCACCGACAUGAUCGUGCCCCGCUCCUCGCAGCUCAUCCAGGAGGACGCCGACUACUGCCUGUUCAACGUGACGCUCUUCAAGAAGGUGGCUGAGGAGUUCAAGCUGCACGCCCGCGAGCGCAAGUUCAUUGUGCGCGACUUUGUGUACAACGAGGAGGAGCUGGCUGCCGGCAAGAACGAGAUGACCAAGCUGAUGACGGACAAGAAGAAGCAGUUUGGUCCCCUGGUUCGUUGGCUGAAGGUGAACUUUAGCGAGGCCUUCUGUGCCCUCAUCCAUGUCAAGGCGCUGCGCGUGUUUGUGGAAUCCGUGCUGAGAUACGGCCUGCCUGUUAACUUCCAGGCCAUCUUGAUCGAGCCCAACAAGAAGAGCGUGAAGCGUCUGCGCGAUGUGCUCAACCAGCUGUAUGGUCACUUGGAUGGUGUCUCCGCCGGCGGUGCUGUCAGCAGUGCUGAUAACGUAGACAUCCCCGGCCUGGGCUUUGGCCAGUCCGAAUACUUCCCCUAUGUGUUCUACAAGGUCAACAUCGAUAUGGUGGAGCAGGCCAAGGUCUAAGAUCGUCCGUCGCCCCCAACAUUGCAUACAUCCAGCCACACAAAAUACACUUUAAUACAAAAACAACCAACUUAAAAAUCAGCUGAACCAUUCGCAGACAUCUAAUGAAAGAAAAUUAAUAGAUUACUUUAAAUAAUUUUAGUCAUUGUUAUCUAAUUAUUGUUGUUAUUUAUGUUGCGCGUUGCCGAUAUCUGUUUCAAAUCAACUUCCGGUUCGAGAAAUCGAGACGCGCCUAAAUCAACCGAAAUAAGUAAAAAAAAAAAAGAAAACUUUUGCAAUAAUCCCAGAUCUUGUGGAACUUUCCCAUUGUUCUUUUGUCCCUCUUCAGUUUGCAAAGCAGUAUUUUAUGUUUUUCUUAUGCCUUAUAUAUGUUUAUGAUAUGAUGAAAACCCAGAGUGUUUAACCCGCAGCCAAAUUUACAUGCAUUGUCGCUAGAGACCCGGCUAAAAUCCUCCUUUUUUGUUCGUUUUUUGGUAGCUAUACAAUAAACAUUUGAGUUACAUUUUGUUUUACAACA